GUCUAACACGGUUCUCAUAUGAUAUGAUGAUGAUGAUCUAACCAAAUCUAACCAAAUACAUGACAUUAAUUGCAAAAACACUAAUGAUCGGAAAUACGUGCCAAGAGGAGAAUUAAAACAAGGACCAUAAAUAAGUCAAAUUCCAACAAUGUCGUAGCUACUCGGUAUAAUGUUGCACACCAGAAACCUAUGAAAUAACCUAUGAAAUAUCAUCACGAGACGGCAUCGUGAGAUGGACGGCGGCCAGUCGCAUCUUCCAUCGCACUCAAACAUCGAUCGAGACAAAGUGCCCGGUCAUAUCUCUCGGUCUGUGUCUGGUCAUGGUCAGACCUUAUCACAACAACCAUCUUCGUCAGAUUACGACGCGCCAGAGUCGUACACGAACCUACAUGACGUAGACGAAGACGCAGACCGUUUGGAUCCAGCUGAGCCGGCCAGCGUUAGGGAACAGGAGCGGCUGCAAGCUCGGGUGCAACGGCGUCGUUCAUCUACAUCGCAAUCUAACUACGAUGUCCCGGAUUCUUAUGCAAAUGUGCCCGAGUUAGAGGAGAUAGCACCCAUUCCGAAUCCGGAUAGGCACCGCUUACGUUCAACCCCUUCGCUUGAAGAGGGGAGGGCUCUUGAACGUGAAUAUUCAAGUCGCCAAGAAGCUCGGCGGAGGAGAGGUAAAGAGGUAGAGGCAGAUACCGAGAAACCAAAGAUAGAAGAGGUGUCAAGAUUAGAAACCGAGAUCUACACCAUAUCGUAUCUCAUCCUCUUCGCACUGCUUGGCACUCUCGCUCGAAUAGGACUCCAGGCCCUGACAUUUUACGCCGGGGCUCCUGUGGCUUUCAGCUCCGUAUGGCCCAACUUCGCAGGUUGUCUCGUCCUAGGAUUUCUAGCCGAAGACCGCAUGCUCUUCCGCUUCGAAUGGGGCACUCCGACCUACGAGCUACAGCUCCUGCGGGCGAAACAAAAUGCUGUCAACGAGGAGUCGGGCGGAUCUAGCUCAGAUAGGGUAGCUGUAGACCUCGCUGCUGCAAAGAAGGCACAUAUGGCUACCAAGAAAACUAUACCGCUUUAUAUCGGUCUUGCUACUGGGUUUUGCGGCUCCUUCACGUCCUUCUCUUCCUUUGUCCGAGAUAUCUUCCUCGCUCUAUCUAAUGACCUUCUCGCACCAGACGCGGGGUCGACAACUGCUCCUCGAAAUGGUGGUCACUCAUUCAUGGCCCUCCUCGCCGUCAUCAUUACCACUAUUUCUUUAUCAACAUCGGGCCUCUUCGUCGGAGCUCAACUCGCGCUAGCCCUAGAGCCAAUCACGCCAUCGCUGCCCUUUAAUUUCACCCGCAAAUUCCUCGACCGAUUUGCUGUUUUCCUCGCAUGGGGCUGCUGGAUCGGGGCCAUCCUCCUCUCUGCGCUCCCGCCGGACCGAUUUAGCAGCCCCGGAGCAGCGGAAACGUGGCGCGGUCGAGUAACCUUUUCCCUGGUGUUCGCACCGCUGGGGUGUCUCGGGCGGUUCUACGCCUCUCUCUACCUUAACGGGUAUCUUCCUUCGUUUCCGCUCGGCACGUUCUCCGUCAACAUAUUCGGUACGGCGGUCCUUGGUAUGGCAUGGGACCUCGCGCACGUUCCCCUGGGCGGCGUCGUCGGCUGCCAGGUGUUGCAAGGUAUUGAGGAUGGGUUUUGCGGCUGCUUGACUACCGUGUCCACGUGGAUAGCCGAGCUAACGGCCUUGCGGAGACGGCAUGCGUAUAUAUAUGGAGGUGCUAGUGUUGUGGUUGCUUUGGCUUGUAUGAUAAUUAUUAUGGGCGGUCUGAGAUGGACAGACGGCUUUAGCACGUUGGCUUGCUUGCAUUGAAGGGAUGUAUAAAUCAAUUAUCAAGAUACAUGUAUCUGGCUGUCACACAGUCUCCUUAUAUAAGGAGACGGAUAGAAACGUUAAAUUCUGUU